GUCUCGUCUUAACAUCCUGUGUCUGAAUGAAUCUGAUACCCCGUUCCAAUUUCCAACACAGAAAAAUGAUUGCCAGUUGAGACGACAUUCUUCCCUACCCCAGUUCAUCAAUCAUUACAGUUCAAUCAAUGCCUUCAAACGCCACUCCAUUAUGGAACGACGCCGUUUCUUCCCUGAAAGCCUGCCCUCUCCUUUCGUCGUUCCCUUCGCUUCAAAAUUCAAGCACGCAACACAACGUGCACCACUAUUUCCAGACACAAACUAACAAGAUUCGGAGAGCAUUUUUACAGAGAGAGGGAGACACUACCCGGAUCCGAUUCGGAAAAUGGGCAAGGAUCUCAGCGAGGAGCAGGUCUCUUCCAUGAAAGAAGCCUUCACGCUCUUCGAUACCGACGGUGAUGGGAAGAUCGCCCCUUCCGAAUUGGGGAUCCUAAUGCGCUCUCUUGGGGGAAACCCCACUCAGGCCCAACUCAAGACCAUUAUCACCGGGGAAAGCCUAAACACUCCUUUUGAUUUUCACAGAUUCCUCGAUCUAAUGGCCAAGCACAUGAAGACCGAGCCCUUCGAUCGCCAGCUCCGUGAUGCCUUCAAGGUGCUCGACAAGGACUCCACUGGGUUCGUUUCCGUUGUGGAUCUGCGCCACAUUUUGACUAGUAUUGGAGAGAAGCUCGAGCCAUCCGAGUUCGACGAAUGGAUCCGAGAAGUAGAUGUCGAUUCCGAUGGGAGAAUCCGCUACGACGAUUUCAUUGCUAGGAUGGUGGCCAAGUGACGUAAGAUCGGUUAAAAAUUCGCGGGCUUGUGCUUUUUUUGCUUUUUAAAUUUUCACAAGUGCUUUGGUCAGGUUUGCUUUUUUGUUUUUGAUUUGGGGAGGCUGGGGGUUGUUUGGACAUUGGAAGUGAUGGAUAAUGAUGGUGUUCUUCUAAUUGUUGAAGUAAUGCUAAGUUUUCCAUUAAAGGCGUUGGGGCAUUCUGUAUGUGCAUGUUUAAAAUGUGUAGCUAGUGUAUUGACGCUUUUAGUGAAUCUGUUUACUUUCAGGCAAUCUAAAUUUGCUGAUUUUGUA